ACCACACCGGCUUCAGGCUGGCGCGCGUGGCAACUCGAGAGGAGAUGAGUGAGAAACGGGCCGCCGAGCCCGGCCCGAGCCAGGUCGGGAAGAAGAGAAAGAAAGAGGUGAAGGCGGAAAUGUCGCGUGCGGUGACGGAAGAGACCUUUAAAGGGCAGAUGGCCGAGGCCUGGCGUAGCCGGACGCCGUUCCGCCACGAUGCUGUUGUCAUGGACAUGGACCCUUUCCUUCACUGUGUGAUCCCAAAUUUCAUCCAAAACCAAAACUUUGUGGAAGAGCUGCAGAAAGAACUUUUGAACUUGAACUUCCAUGAAAAGUGUAAUGAUCUAUAUAAGUUCCAUCAGUCUGACGAUUUGAAGAAGAGAAGAGAACCUCACAUCUGUGCUUUAAGGAAAAUUCUAUAUGAAGAUUUUCGAAUCUGGAUUUCUGACAUUUCUAAGACGGACCUGGAAUCAACCAUUGACAUGUCCUGUGCUAAAUAUGAAUUUUCAGAUGCCCUGCUCUGCCAUGAUGAUGAGCUGGAAGGGCGACGGAUUGCCUUCAUUCUUUACCUAGUUCCUCCCUGGGACCAGAGCUUGGGUGGCACCCUGGAUCUGUACAAUGUGAAUGAGCACUUUCAGCCGAAGCAGAUUGUCAAGUCUCUUGUCCCUUCAUGGAACACAUUGGUUUUCUUUGAAGUGUCUCCAGUAUCCUUUCACCAGGUGUCUGAAGUCCUCUCUGAAGAAAAGUCUCGUUUGUCCAUAAGUGGCUGGUUUCACGGUCCUUCAAUAACCAGACCUCCCAUGUACUUUGAGCCUCUCCUACCUCGGAGUCCUCACAUUCCUCAAGAUCAUGAAAUCUUGUAUGAGUGGAUCAACCCUACUUACCUGGACAUGGAUUACCAAAUUCAGAUUCAAGAAGAGUUUGAAGAAAGUUCCGAAAUUCUCCUCAAGGAGUUCCUUAAGCCUGAGAAAUUUGCCAAGGUCUGUGAGGCUUUGGAGAAAGGAGAUGUGAAGUGGAACAGCCGGGGUCCCCCUAAUAAAAGGUUCUAUGACAAGGCUGAGGAAAGCAAUCUUCCCGACAUACUGAAGGACUGCAUGGUGUUAUUCCGCUCCGAGGCGUUUUUCCUGCUACUCUCCAACUUCACAGGUCUGAGGCUUCACUUCCUGGCACCUUCCGAAGAUGAGACUGAGGACAAGAAAGAGGGAGAAACUUCCGCUGCUUUGGCUGACACUGAAGAAGGUACUAGCCAUAGUUCCUCAGAGCCAGAGGUGGAUCCAGCGGCCGGUGGCAGCAGCAGCCGGCAGAGUGGGGAACAGAGCAUCCCGGACUCAGGAGAUGUCACAGAGGAGGACGCAGCAAAGGAAGAAUCCAGUGUUCCCAUGUGCCACGGAGAGUUGAGGGGUUGGAAGACUGGUCACUACACACUAAUCUAUGACAACAUCAAGACUGAAUUUGCCCUGGACUUACUUUUCUACUGCGGCUGUGAAGGCUGGGAUCCAGAGUUUGGGGGUUUUACUUGCUACAUUGCCAAAGGUGAAGAUGAAGAGCUGCUAACAGUGAAUCCAGAAAACAACUCUUUGGCAUUGGUCUACAGAGAUAAAGAGACACUGAAAUUUGUCAAGCACAUUAACCAUCGAAGCCUUGAACAAAAGAAAACCAUCCCCAACAGAACAGGUUUCUGGGACUUUUCAUUUGUUUAUUAUGAAUGACAAGACAGGACAGAGUGGAAAGACGCCCUUCAUCGCGCUGCCUGGAAGAGCACGGCAGGAAGAGGAGCAGAGCUGCAGAGGGUGGUGUGCGGCAGUGCCCUCAGCCUCUGUACCUGCAGAUCAGCCCCAGAUGAGAACAGACUGGCAGCUGAGCCCCGCCGUCAGGAAGGACCAGGACUUUUUUCAACCAGCGGGACAUUUCUACAGGCCAGCAAUUGAAAACUACUGUCCUGCGACAAUGUUCUUAGAACUGUGUGUGGUUGUCCUUUAGUAAAACUCACCAUAAUUGUCCAUAGUCUAGACCUAGCACUUGGAGCUAGAGACUUACUCAAAUUAAAAGGGACAAAAAGGAUUUUUUUUUGUCUUUUGGGUUCAUUGUCCAUAUCACAUUUUUCUGUAUAUCCAUUUUGUUCUGCAUGCAACCUUCUCCGGCAUUGAUGUUCACAACUCUUCUUUCCAAAUUGAAACUGUUCCUAGUAGACUGACUACCCAUUUUUCUUUCCUCCCCCACACUUUCCCUCAAUUUAUUUGUUUAAACUUGGUUUAAACUUGGUAAAAAGACUCAACCAAUAAGAUCAAUUUAUAUAGCUAUUUAUAUAAAUUUUUCAGACAAUAAAACAGAGGAUGAAAUAUAAAAUUCAGCUAUUUCUAUUUUUUUUUUCCAAUACCUACAUGGUAGUGGAGCAUUUACAUGAUCCCGAUAAUGGAAACAGCUUU